AUGUUCUAUGGAUUGACAACAAAAGACUGCCGUAAACUAGAACACGAAAUUGCUGUUGCUAAUGAAAUUAAGUGUCCUGCGUCGUGGAUUGAGAAAAAAAUAGCAGGUGAGGACUGGUUGUUAGGAUUUUUUAAGAGACACCUAAAUUUGUCACUUCGAUCUCCGGAAGGAUGUAGUUUGGCUCGAGCUACGGCAUUUAAUCGUCAUCAUGUAGAGGCCUUUUUCGAUAACUGUCAAACAUUAUUAAAAAAAGAGCCGCGACUUGGAGAUCCGUCAAAAAUUUAUAAUUUAGAUGAAACUAAAACUACAACAGUUCAAAAUAGUGGAAAAAUAAUAGCUGAAAAAAGUUCCAAAGCUGUAUGUAAAGUAACAAGUACGGAAAAAGGAUUUCUCGUUACAACAUGUUGUAUUAUCCGUGCUGAUGGAAAUUAUUUAUCACCUGUUCUGAUAUUUCUUCGGGUCAAUUUCCGCGAUCACAUGAUGAUUGGUGCUCCGCAUAAUUCUUUGGAUUUGGCAACUCCAUCAGGCUGA